AUUUACGUACGCAGUUACUAUAUUGUUUAAUUUCAGGUUCUGAAGGAAGUCAAGACGAAGACAUCGAGAGAAGUUCAAUAUUUUUGUUGUAAAACAAAUUGUGCUGAUCACCAAAAUCUCAGGAAACUAAAUCGGGGAAAUAUCAUUGUUUUCGAUCACUUUGAUGCUUUAUCAAACACUGAAAAAUCUGAAAAACUCGAGUUCAUGGAAAAUUCCAGUAUCACUUUUCCAGAGACCACUUUUAUUGUGGUGUUUCGAGGACUUAAACCAUUAUUGACCAAUGAACUUUGUACAAAAGAGUUCCAGGUGUUGCCUUUAGGGAAAUCAAAAGCGAGAGAACUCUUUAACUGUGAGUUCUCAUCAAAUGUGACUUCUAGCUGUAAGAGGUUGAUUAAUUCCCUUCUUGAUCGGUGUUGUGGAUUCCCUGGAAUGAUACUCAAACUUGCUGAAAUGUUGUCACUUUUCCCUAACCAAAAAGGUAUUGAAGAUUGCUUCGAAAAAUUUGAAAUUCCAGAUGAAUAUUUCAAAUGUAUUAACGGUAUGUUAAAUAGUACAUCACAACCUGUUAAGAAAUUACUGGCCACACUAUCUUGUUCAGAUGUCCAGUUCUCGUACAACUAUCUUCAAUUCGUAGCUGAAUGGAUUAACCACAGCGAAAACGGCUACUUAGAAAAUCCGAGUCAUUUCAUCAAGAAAUCAGGAUUACUUAUUGAAAAUGAAGACCAAACUUACAGCUUACAACCAAUCAUCAGACAAGCUUACAACCAAUCGUCACAAUUGCCAGUCAACCGGUCAUCACAAUUGCCAGUCAACCGGUCAUCACAAUUGCCAGUCAACCGGUCAUUCUACAGUGUGAGGUCAUCAUGCUGUGCACAUUUGUAUUUUACUCAGAUCACUGGGGAAAUAUUUCUAACGGCCGCAAGCUAUUUCCGGGACCAAAAAUUUCAACAGGUACAGAAUCUUCUCGCUGACCAACAACAGACAAUUCAAGACUUGUUUGGCAAAGUGCUUCACAGUGCAUAUGGGGAUCGUUUGUAUUUUCAAAACCUUUAUGAUCUCUGUGAGAAAGCUGGUAAGAUUAUUUCUCUGCAUCCUAAAAGAGCAGUCAACUUUUACCAAUGCUGCUACGAUAUGUCUCUCCUGUUCGGCUCUAAAGAAGAACAAGCUUUCCUUCAAUACAAGAUUGGUCAGUCCCUUAUUAAGCAUCCAGUAUUUGAAGGUGCCUUGCUCAACUAA